GUAGAAUCACAGGCAUCCGGGUACCUGUUAGGUUAUAUGUGGUCAUGUGACCCUUAUUCGGCCAUCUUGUUGUGGAAACGAAGAGAGACAGAGAGCUCGUAUAGAAACCCUGUGCUGUCAGUAAAGCAGAGAACUUUAUAAAAUGGCGGAAACCCAGACACUCAACUUUGGACCUGAAUGGCUUCGUGCUCUGUCCGGUGGAGGAAGUGUCACCUCUCCUCCACUCUCACCAGCAUUGCCAAAGUAUAAACUUGCAGAUUACCGCUAUGGAAGGGAAGAGAUGCUUGCACUUUAUGUAAAAGAUAAUAAGAUUCCUGUAGACUUACAAGAUAAAGAAUUUCUGCCUAUUUUACAAGAGGAGCCCCUGCCGCCACUGGCACUGGUACCUUUUACAGAAGAAGAACAGAGAAACUUCUCAACAUCUGUAAAUAGUGCUGCUGUGCUGCGACUAACAGGGAGAGGAGGAGGAACAGUGGCAGGGGCUCCACGAGGUCGAAGUUCCUCGAGAGGCAGAGGUCGGGGCCGCGGUGAUGGAGGCUUUUACCAAAGAAGCUUUGAUGAUGUGGAAGGAGGGUUUGGUCGAGGUGCGCGAGAGAUGCAUCGUUCUCAGAGCUGGGAAGAGAGGGGGGACAGGAGGUUUGAAAAGCCAGGUCGAAAAGAAACAGAGGUUUCCCCGGCUCAUUUUCAACUGAAUCAUAUAAGGUCCAACUACGAGGAUGGUGGGACAGGCACAAACCGGAAGCACGACUUCACACGUUCCGAGAGUGAGAACUGGCGCACGUCCCGAGAGGAGCAGAACGGUGAGGAGGAUGAGGGGGGCUGGCGGCUAGCAGGCCCACGGCGAGAUCCUGACCGGUGGCGCCCUCACAGCCCAGAUGGGCUCCGGUCAUCGGGAUGGCGGGAACAUCCAGACCAGCGCAGGCGCUUCCCGUUUGACUCCCGGGACGAGGACCGAGGGUAUCGAAGGACACGUCUCGGCAGUGGUAGUCAGGACGACGAGCGGGACAGCCUUCCUGAGUGGUGCUUGGAUGACGCUGAUGAAGAGAUGGGCACCUUUGAUUCUUCGGGGGCCUUUCUCUCUCUCAAGGUGAGGGGCACUGAGCUCUCCAGCCUCCCAUCACGCAAGAAGGCUCCCAAAGAGCCCAUUCCAGAGGAGGCAGAGCUGGACUUCAGGCCAUCAGAAGAGUGCGAAGAGCGGGGACGGUUAGAGAAAGAGGAGAGCGAGCCGGAAGAGGCCAAAGAGCUGGACAGAGCAGGCUGUGAUGAGGAUGGGGAUUCGGGAAGGCCCCAGGACGAGGCAGCACCCUCGCAGUCUCCACCUGCCUCGUCACAGGCCGAGCUCCCAGCUGACCUGCCCUCACCUCCCAGCCGGCCCGAGAGGACGGAUUCCCCCCCUGAAAGAAAUGAGAGAGCCGCCAUUCCGAACGUGCAGCCAGAACCCAUCAAAGUGGCUUGCCCACCCGGGGCAACCAGCAGCCUGGCGGAAGCCACCGCGCUCCACCAUGCCCCCCCUGUGCUUCCAGAAAUCACAGCCCCACUCCCCAUAACACAGCAGAAGUCCCCAGAGAUGCCUUUAACGCUCCCAGCCCCACUACCUUUCCCAGAAGCCUCUGCUCCAGUAGCAGGACCCAUAAAUCAAAUGGACACUGACGAUGAUGAGGGUCUGAAGCACUUUGAGCAGGAGGCUGAGAAGAUGGUAGCAUAUCUCCAGGACAAUGCUGUGGACGACGACCGGUUGGCAGCUAAGAUGGUGGAAAGGACAAAGCCCACGGCCCUCCCGUUGACACACGAAGGGGCACUCAAAUGGUUCUACAAGGACCCACAGGGAGAGAUACAAGGGCCUUUCUCAAACCAGGAGAUGAUGGAGUGGUUUCAGGCCGGCUAUUUCACCAUGUCCUUGCUGGUGAAAAGGGGCUGUGAUGAACUCUUCCAUCCCCUGGGUGAGAUAAUGAAGAUGUGGGGGCGGGUCCCCUUUACACCAGGCCCCUCACCGCCUCCACUCCUGGGUGACGUGGACCAGGAGAGGCUGAAGAGGCAACGUGAGCUGACGGCGCUCAACCUGUACCAGCUGCAACAGCUGCAGUACCAGUACCUUCUCAGGCAGCAAUACGCCCAGGCUCUGGCCCAGCAGCAGAAAGCCGCUGCCCUCGGUUCCCCACAGCAGCAGCAGCAGCAACAGCAGCAGCAGCCGGCACCGCAGAUCAGCCACUUGCUCCCACCAUACCAGGCUGUGAAGAUGAGGACAUCAGAACCUCCUGUGACUCGUUCCAUGUCUGUUCCUGACUCUGCUUCUGUGUGGGAGUUACAAAACCAGACAUCACAACCCUCCGGGGCAGCUAACGUCCAACAUGUAUCUCACAGUGCCUGGGAAAGCGGCAGCGUGUGGGACCUGCCCAUUGAACCUAUGGCUGCAGCACCAACAAUUGAGCAGAUGCAGCAGCUGGAAAAAGUAAAGGCUGCCAAGAUGGAGCAGGACAGACGGGAGGCGGAACUCCAGGCAAAGAGGGAAGAGGAAGAGCGGAAGCGCAGGGAGGAAGAGGAGCUGGCGAGACGUUCCAAGGAGGAGGCGCUAAGACGGCAACGGGAGCAAGAGGCAGCACUUCGCAGGCAGAAGGAGGAGGAGGAGAGGCAGGCGCAAGAGAGGAGAAGGGAAGAGGAGGAGAGAAGGCAAACGGAAGAAAUGCUCCGCAAGCAGGAGGAGGAGUUGCGGAACCAGGAGGAGCUCCGCAGGCGGGAGGAGGAGAAGCGUUUGGCUGAAGAGGCAGCAGUGCGGCAGCGGCUACAGGAGGAGCAGAAGAGGAAGGAGCAGGAACAGCGAAAGAAGGAGCAGGAGCUCCAGAGGCAGCAGGAGCUCCAGAGACAGCAGGAACUCCAACGACAGCAGGAACUUCAGAAGCAGCAGGAGCUCCAACGACAGCAGGAACUUCAGAAGCAGCAGGAGCUCCAACGACAGCAGGAGUUGCAAAGACAGCAGGAGCUGCAGAGGCAAAGACAGCAGCAGCAGGAGGCACUACGUCGACUCCAGCAGCAGCAGCAGCUGGCACAGAUGAAGCUCCCAUCGUCCUCAAAGUGGGGCCAGCAGUCCAGCUCCCUGCCGUCCCAGACACAGACCGCCUUAUCCCUUGCGGAGAUCCAGAAGGUGGAGGAGGAGAGGGAGCGCCAGGCCCGAGAAGAGAAGCGACUACAGCAGCAGCAGCUAAUGAAAGUCCUCCAGCUGCAGCAGCAGCAGCAACAGCAGCAGCAGCAGCAGCAGGCCAAGCUCUCGGGCUGGGGUAGCAUGGCGAAGCAGCCACCAGCCGCCAAGUCCCUGCUGGAGAUCCAGCAGGAGGAGGCCCAGCAGAUGAAGCAGCAGCAGAAGAAGGAGCAGCAGAUGGGCGGCAGCCAGCAGAGCCGGGCUCAGACGCGAGCGAACAAUAUGAGUAACUCAGUGUGGGGGUCCAUCAGUAGCAGCUCCCCCCAGUGGAGCAGCUCGGAACUGGGCAGCAGCAUCUGGGGCAGUCCUGAUACUAAGAACUCCAACCUGGGCUUUUGGGAUGAAGGCAUGAAGGAGGCCACAGUGCCCUCAAAGCGAAACAACAAGAACAAUGCCAACUUUGGGAACUCGCUGAGUGGCCGGGGAAAUAAGAAGGUAGAGGAAGAGGAGCAGAAGUUGCUGAAGCUCUUCCAGGGGGUCACCAACAGCCAGGAUGGCUUCACGCAAUGGUGUGAGCAGACCCUGCAUGCCCUCAACACCGCCAACAACCUGGACGUUCCUACGUUUGCCUCUUUCCUGAAGGAGGUGGAUUCCCCCUAUGAGGUCCACGACUAUGUAAGAGCCUAUCUGGGAGAUACACCCGAGGCGAAGGACUUUGCCAAGCACUUUCUGGAGCGUCGUGCCAAACAGAAACCCUUGCAGCAGCAGCAGCUGCCACAGCCACAGCAGGAAUCUGUCUGGGGAGUUAACCAGACUGGAUUACAGUCUAUCUUCCAGUCGAAUCAUGCGAGUAUGCAGCAGUCCAGCUUUGAGACCGUUCAGUCUGGGAAGAAGAAGAAGAAACAGAAGAUGGUACGAGCGGACCCCAGCCUCUUAGGUUUUUCUGUGAAUGCGGCAUCUGAGCGGCUGAAUAUGGGGGAGAUUGAGACAGUGGAGGACUUUUGAAAAGCCUUCGGACUUCUGCCGACUCUGAACAUUUCCAUUCUCAGCAAAUACAGUUUUACCCUAUCAGCAAAAAAAAACAAAAAAAGGAAAAUAGCUACAGCCCCCUUUUUAAGUUGAAUUUCAAAUGGGAACUACCUCCCCCCUCCAGCCCCCCCUCUCUCCCAAUUUUGAAAAGGAGGGAACUGUCACCACUUGUAUUUCACUAAGUGGCUCAGCAGUUAGUUCAGGCUAAAAGCUUCAUCUCUUGAUUUCAGUUUGCGGGGAGGGGUGGCGAGAAGUUCAGGAGUCAUGAGAACUGAACGCCUUUGCCACCAGAGCCCGAUCUCGUGCUCCCUCUGACUUUCUGAACCCACAGACCCACAAGUGGAUGUCCCCCCCUCCCCCCCGCAAAAAAAAAUCACUCACUACUGGUGCUUAUAUCUGCAAACUGACGUAACCAGAGGGUGAAAUUCCGCUGUCACGUUUGGAGGACGAGCAGACAAUGGGAAAAUGCAUAAUCUCUUGUAUUUAUUUAAAGCUUUUCCAUUUUCCUUUUUUUAUUUUCUUCCCUUAUCUGCCAGUUGUUCGUGGGACAAGAAAUAUGACUCUGGAGGAUGUCCUGUUUUAAGGGCGUGUUCAAACAGUUCUAAGUAGUUACCAAUUUCUUGUAAAAUACUAGCCUGUUAAAAAAUAAACUUUAAAUUCUGCAACUGUAUUAUAAAAUA